CUAGACAGGAGAAUAAUGCCGAGCAGUUAGCAGAGCUGCAGAAGAACGCGAAAGUAAAUAAGUGAAGUGUAUCAGGAGAACAAGCUCGAUCAGAAGAAAGCCGUGAGACAGGUGGGGCGCGUAACCUCCAGGGGUUUGAAUGAAAUUGGACCGGAGGAUGAUGACAGUCCCUUCGCUGGCUCUUAAAAUUACACACCAGCAGAUUAACCGGGAUGCACAGCAUAGCCGAUGAGAUUGAAAACCGAGUAAUUAAGUCGUUUGUUGAGGAUAUAUUUAUAUAUAGGGGCAAUUAACUUUCGUUCUGGGGAUAGAUGCGUGUAUCGGUAAUUAACUCGGGUUUUGGAUCGCAGCUGCUCGUUGCCUGCAGUCUCCUUUGCUUUCCUGGCCUGUUUCUAUAAAUCUUUUAUCUCACAUUAACACUCUGAACAGAACACAUCAAAUUCUUCUUUGGAAUGAGUACAAUUUACGACAAAAGAGAUCCCUCUUUCAAAAAGAUCGCGACUGGAGAGUUAAACCGUUACGGCGCACACCUAGCAGGGUGCGUCACGUGUCGCGGUGCAGGUUGCAGAGGGAAUUGGUUGGUAUUUUCGAACUCGAGUGAAAGCAAAAAGCGUUUACAUAAAUUUUAAAUAUAGGAGGCGUCCUGGUUGGUGUACGCGGGAGCUGUAGAGAUAGAAGGAGGGAGGGAACGAGAGAGAGAGAGAGAGAGAGAGAGAGAGAGAGAGCAGCUCUCUCCCCAAAGCCCAAACACUCCGCACCCGCUCUAAGUCGCGCAGGCAGCAGCCUCUGGCCAGGAUGUGGGCUACUUCAAGAUUUAGCGGCGGAAAUUUCGUGGUACAUAAAGGAGAGGACAGUAAGGCUCACGCUCACUGACAGCAGACAUUGUUCUUGAUAAUCUCUCUCGUGCUUCCAUAAGUAAGGAGCAGGAUAGAACAAAACCUGCAUCUCAAUUGGUGCGACUUGCAAUCGAUCCUCGGUCUCAUCGGCCCAUCGUGAUCGCUUUCGGUGCACAGAAAACAAAAGCCAGCGGGCGGACACGGCGCCGCUGGAAAGAAGAGGGAGCAGAAGACAGUGACGGGCUACCAGCUCGUGAGAUGCGCUACAUCCAGCCGUUCAUCUGUCUGCUUCUCCUCCAUCCUCGCGCGUCAGAAAGGUGUGCUCAGCUCUCUCGAAACAUAUAAAGAGGAAUUGGAAAAACAGAAAUGGCUAAUCGGCAGGAGGUGUAACCCUGUAAAGUGAAACAAGUUUUCUGAUGGGAGAGGGCAGGGCGCUCUUUUACGAUUUUAGCCGCCGCGCAGCUGGAGGAUCGUUUGCCUUGAGGUGUCAGUGUUAAAUCUGUUGGCAACCUACGAAAGCAGGUUUCGGUGAGAAAAGCUCUCAACUGGAUUAAUCAGAGGAAGGUUCUAAAAUAAAUUCCACUUUGUUGUUGCGGGUUUCUGGUAUAGAGGAGGCUCCGGAGGUCGCACCACAUCCGAAGACAUCAUGUAUUCACUUCUAAUCGUUUAGUGAUCUGUCUUCCAGGAAACUUGGUAUUAAAUUGCACCAGACGGGCUAAUUGUGUCAAUUUCCUGUAUAAAUGCAUCUAUAAAAUUACAGCGGUGGAAGAAAACAAGGCUUCUGUCUGCUCGAGACGAUGUAGGUCGACGGCGCAAAUCAAAAGAAUUGGAAAAAAUCGACCUGAAGAAGAGAGCGCGCUCUCUCCAUAACAAGUCGUACAGACCGUUUUGCUGCUGCUGCUGCUUCUACAUUUAACAACAUUAGCCGAAAUAUUGUCUUUUGGGUAAACGAGAGUCAAAUAUCACACAAUUAGAAUGCCUUCUUUGUCGGAUUCGCUUCCUGAUGUGUCUAGUGCCCGAGGUUUGCGCUGGUCCCAGUCAAAGAGAGCUCCAUUUUCAGCCCGGGAUGUAUUGUGAAGGAGACAACAUCAGCAGCACCCUGUAACUUGUAUCAUUAACAGAAGAAGGCAGUGCGUCUUUGGAAUAAUUUCCGUAAAAACAGCAAGAACUGGGGGAAAGUGCUAUCCCAUCUCUGGAAUUUGGCAUCGGAUUGUUUUCAUUUCCAAGCCGAUAACGAAGAAGAGAAGGACGCCUUCCUCACGCCCAGCACCUGCAGCUCAAGACGACAGCCACCCAACAUGUUCAAGCGAGGGUACGGAUUGGAGUUCUUCCUCAUGCUCUGCGGCCUGGAGCUGCAACUUUCCUGGUCAUGCCCUCGGCACUGUGUCUGCUACACCUCGCCCACCACAGUCAGCUGCCAGGCCCACAACUUUCUGACAGUUCCCGAGGGCAUCCCGCCACACAGCGAGAGAAUAUUCCUGCAGAACAACCGAAUUGGCAUGCUGCUGAGGGGCCACUUCAGCCCCCACACUGUGACACUGUGGAUCUACUCCAACAACAUCACCUUCAUCGACCCGGACACUUUCCAGGGCUUCACUCAGCUCGAGGAGCUCGACUUGGGGGAUAACAAAUACCUGAGGGCUCUGGCUGCAGAGACUUUCCAUGGACUGUCCAAACUGCAUGCCCUGCACUUGUACCGCUGUGGCCUGAGCUCCCUGCCUGAUGGCAUCUUCCAGGGUCUGCACAGCCUGCAGUAUCUCUACUUACAGGACAACCGGAUUGAAUCCCUUCAGGACAACCUCUUUGUGGACCUGGUGAAUCUUAGCCACCUCUUCCUUCACGGCAACAAGCUGUGGAGCCUCCAUCAGAAUACAUUCCGAGGUUUGUCCAAUUUGGAUCGACUCUUGCUCCAUCAGAAUCAGCUCCAGUGGGUUCACAGGUGGGCUUUCCAUGACCUGAAGAAGUUGACCACCUUGUACCUGUUCAACAACUCCUUGACACAGCUGUCCGGAGAGUGCUUAGCCCAGCUUCCCUCCUUGGAGUAUCUGCGGCUCAAUGGUAACCCUUGGGAGUGUAGCUGCAAGUCACAUUCUCUGUGGGAUUGGCUGCAGAGGUUCCGAGGGUCCAGUUCGAGUGUCCUUUGCGAGUCGCCCUCUGAGGUGAGGGGCAAAGACCUCAAGCAGCUUAGUAAAGACGAGUUCCCCAACUGCUCUGGUUCAGAGUCUCUGCAUCAAAUCAAAACAAGCACUUGGACCACUGCAGAUAAAUCCUCCUUCAAGGAGGAUCAGCACAGUCAUCACCACAACAACCAUCACCACCAUCACCAUGGGCAGCAGCAACCACCAGGUGUCAUUCCACCGCCAGCUGACAAAAUGAGCCCCCCUUCUUCCAACAAUAUCCCCCCUUCGACCUCAGGAACUGGCCACGUUGGGAGCCAAAGGCCUCAUGGGUCUCGAAACUGCACCCGACAGCGAUCUCGAGGGCCAAAAAAGGGUCCCAAUGAAGUUCAUCCCAUGGAGGAGAUGGCAGACAAGGAGUAUUCUCCUAUGGAAUUCCCUGGUGAGGACAAAUUUGACCACACAGCCGGACCACCUCGGAGAAAACCCAAGUGCACCCGGCGGCCCCCAGUCCGGCCCCCCAGUGGAGUACAGCAGGCUACCAAUGCGGGAAGUGUCCCCCACUCCUCCUUUUCCUUAGUUAGUCGCAUUGUGGCACUGUGGGUGGUGCUCGCUGUUAUCAUGCGCUGACCACUGGCUCACCAGAACUGCAAAUCACAGCCUGAGUCCUGCACGCAGCGCCAAUGUGCCGGCAACUUUUUGAUAAAACAGAACAACAACAACAACAACAAUACUGAUAAAUAUAUUUAAAUACAUGCAAAAUUACAGGAAGAAGAAUACAAAAGAGCAGACGAAAGGACAAGAAAACGGAAUCUGUAAGUGCAGGCGGGCCAAUGCAGCGGGAAUUUGCACUGCCACCGUGUUCAUUCUUCUUCAGCUAAAAGGACCAAAACGAGGCUGUCGGCCCCGUGCAGCCUUCUGGAAUAUGAAAGAGAUCAGUGGAGGUGUGGUGUGGGGUUGGGGGUGUUGGAUCCAAAUGAGAAGGUGAUGGGGACGGGGAUGAGGGGAGGGGGUGGUGCUUGUGCCAUGUCUUGCUUCAUCUCCGUCCCGUCUUUUCCUGAGUCCCUCACUCAAUAGGACUUUACUGAUCCCCCCAAAAAAGGAGUGAGCCAGUGUUGGGAUUCCCGAAUCUGCACGUCAUCGUUACCCAGUAGGUGUUGCUUGACCCUUUGGAGAGACUGACCACCUCUUUUUUUUUUUUUUUUUACCAAUUGUUAUGACUUCCAGAAUGAGGAGGCCUUGUGAAAAUCAAAAUCUCCAUCCCAAAAAGAGGAGUUACGUUCUGAAAAACGGCUCAUAGUCAAAAAAAAUUUAGCGAUAGCUUUUAUAUACAUAUUUAAAAGAUGUGGUUUUGUAAUAAAAGACAAGAAGUGGACAAACAAAUAUUUUUGGUUGGGGGCCAGAAGAGGACAAUGGGUGUAUAAUGGGGGCAAUUGUUUUUCCCAUCCCCCCCCCCUUCUGAUGAGUUUCCUUAAAAUCACAUGCUGUUGCAGUGGAAAGAGGGCUGCCGCUGAUAUAGCUGGAAUCAGACAAACCAUAAUAAGCAGUGUACAUCUACAGAAAAACAAACUGAGAGCCCCCUUCGCAAUACCACUCUGACCCUGGUAAUCCACAAACUGUAUGGUCUGCUGCAGGCCACAAGG